CGCAGGAGAAACGAGCGUGUUUGCCGGAGGGAACGUAGGGUCAACGCUUUCCCUUAAGUAUAUAAUGUAUUGCUACGUGUAGCUUUAUAUAUAGGUAUAUAGGUAUAUAGGUCUACAUCAUUGUGUUUAUCCAGGCACCCCAACGUUGGGAAGCUAGCUACUUUACGAACUUAUUAACUUUAACGUUAGCUGCUAGCUACCCAUCGUUAUUCCAGCAGUGGCGGUGGUCUUUUUAGCUAGCUAGCUGGUUAACUAUCUGGCAGUGUUGAACUACUAAAGUGUGGGCACUUUGAUUUUACCAUGGCGGAUGUUACUGCACGUAGCUUGCAGUAUGAGUACAAAGCGAAUUCCAACUUGGUCUUGCAAGCAGACCGUUCACUCAUUGACCGCACACGGCGUGAUGAGCCCACAGGGGAAGUGCUGUCCCUGGUGGGAAAGCUGGAGGGAACCAAGAUGGGUGACAAAUCCCAAAGAACCAAACCAUCAAUGCUGGAGGAGAGACGGGCAAAGAGGAGGAAGAGAGAUGAGGACAGGCAUGACAUGAACAAGAUGAAGGGCUUCACCCUCUUGUCAGAGGGCAUUGAUGAGAUGGUGGGAAUCGUGUACAAGCCUAAAACUAAGGAGACCAGGGAAACGUAUGAAGUCCUCCUCAGCUUCAUCCAGGCUGCCCUUGGAGAUCAGCCAAGAGAUAUUCUGUGUGGUGCUGCUGACGAGGUGCUUGCUGUACUGAAGAAUGACAAGAUGAGGGACAAGGAGAGACGGCGUGAAGUAGAGCAGUUACUGGGGCCUGCAGAUGACACACGUUACCAUGUGCUGGUCAACCUGGGCAAGAAGAUCAGUGACUAUGGGGGUGACAAAGAGCUUCAGAACAUGGAUGAUAACAUUGAUGAAACAUAUGGAGUGAACGUCCAGUUUGAAUCUGAUGAGGAGGAGGGUGAUGAGGACCAGUUCGGAGAGGUUCGAGAUAAUGGAUCAGACGAAGAGAGUGAAGGAGACGAAGCUGACUUGGGAUGCACUCUGACAGCAAAUCUUGGUGCAACUGGUGAUGUGAUGACCGCCAAGAAGAAGGAGCUGCACCCGCGUGAUAUCGAUGCCUUCUGGCUCCAGCGUCAGCUCAGCCGUUUCUAUGAUGAUGCCAUUAUCUCUCAGAAGAAAGCAGAUGAGGUUCUGGAGAUCCUCAAGACAGCUAGUGAUGACAGAGAAUGUGAGAACCAGUUAGUCUUAUUGUUAGGCUUCAACACCUUUGACUUCAUAAAAAUCCUCCGCCAGCAUCGGCGCAUGAUCCAGUACUGUACCAUGUUGGCCAGUGCUCAGAGUGAAGCAGAGAAGGAGAAGAUCAUAGGAAAGAUGGAGGCAGAUCCAGACUUGUCAAAGGUUCUUUACCAGCUGCAGGAGACUGAGAAGGAGGAUAUUAUUAGGGAGGAGCGAUCUCGCAGGGAGAGAGUGAGGAAGUCUCGUGUUGACAAUGACUUGGAAUCUAUGGAUGUCGACCAUGGGGAGUCCAUGACCCCGAAACAGCUGCUGGAUCUCGAGGACCUGGCCUUCACCCAGGGAAGUCACUUCAUGGCCAACAAGAGAUGUCAGCUACCAGACGGCUCUUUUCGCAAGCAGCGUAAAGGCUAUGAGGAGGUGCACGUUCCUGCCCUCAAGCCCAAGCCCUUCUCUGACGAUGAGGUGCUGGUGCCCAUUGAGAAGCUGCCCAAGUAUGCCCAAGCAGGUUUUGAAGGGUUCAAAACCUUAAACCGCAUUCAGAGCAAACUGUUCAAGACUGCAAUGGAGACUGAUGAGAACCUUCUUGUCUGUGCUCCGACAGGAGCAGGUAAGACUAAUGUGGCCCUAAUGGCUAUGCUAAGGGAGAUUGGCAAGCACAUCAACCUGGAUGGAACUAUCAACUUGGAUGACUUCAAGAUCAUCUAUGUGGCUCCAAUGCGCUCCCUGGUACAGGAGAUGGUGGGGAGCUUUAGUAAGCGUCUGGCUAGUUACGGAAUCACAGUGUCUGAGUUGACAGGAGACCACCAGCUGUGUAAAGAGGAGAUAAAUGCCACUCAGAUCAUCGUCUGUACCCCUGAGAAGUGGGACAUCAUCACACGCAAAGGAGGCGAGCGCACCUAUACCCAGCUAGUGCGCCUCAUCAUUAUUGAUGAGAUCCAUUUGCUCCAUGAUGACCGUGGGCCAGUCCUAGAGUCUCUGGUGGCCAGGACCAUCCGCAACGUGGAGCUGACCCAGGAGGAUGUGCGUCUUCUGGGUCUUAGUGCCACCUUGCCCAACUAUGAGGAUGUAGCCACCUGCCUUCGCGUGGACCCUGCCAAGGGACUCUUCUACUUUGAUAACAGUUUCCGCCCAGUGCCCCUGGAGCAGACAUAUGUGGGAAUCACUGAGAAGAAGGCCAUUAAGCGCUUCCAGAUCAUGAAUGAGAUUGUCUAUGAGAAGAUUAUGGAGCAUGCUGGGAAGAACCAGGUGUUGGUGUUUGUCCACUCCAGGAAGGAGACAGGGAAGACAGCCCGUGCCAUCAGGGACAUGUGUCUAGAAAAAGACACUCUGGGGCUGUUCCUGAGGGAGGGAUCGGCCUCAACCGAGGUUCUCAGGACUGAGGCAGAGCAGUGCAAGAACCUUGAGCUGAAAGACUUGCUGCCUUACGGUUUCGCCAUCCAUCAUGCUGGUAUGACUAGAGUAGACCGUACCUUGGUGGAAGAUCUUUUUGCUGAUCGCCACAUCCAGGUGCUGGUGUCCACAGCCACAUUGGCCUGGGGUGUGAAUCUGCCUGCACACACUGUCAUAAUCAAAGGUACCCAAGUAUACAGCCCAGAGAAAGGUCGAUGGACUGAGCUGGGAGCCCUGGACAUUCUUCAGAUGCUUGGUCGAGCUGGGCGUCCUCAGUACGACACCAAGGGUGAGGGCAUCCUGAUUACAUCCCAUGGAGAGCUCCAGUACUACCUGUCCUUGCUCAAUCAACAGCUGCCCAUUGAGAGCCAGAUGGUUUCUAAACUGCCAGACAUGCUCAAUGCGGAGAUUGUACUGGGCAAUGUGCAGAAUACUAAGGAUGCAGUGAACUGGCUGGGCUACACCUACCUGUAUGUGCGUAUGCUCCGUAACCCUACCCUGUAUGGCGUCUCCCAUGACGACCGCAGCUCGGACCCCUUGCUGGAGCGCCGUAGGAUGGAUCUGAUCCACACUGCAGCCAACGUGCUGGACAAGAACAGUCUGGUCAAGUAUGACAAGCGGACCGGCGCCUUCCAGGUUACUGAUCUGGGUCGCAUUGCCAGUCACUUCUACAUCACGCAUGACUCCAUCCAGACCUACAACCAGCUGUUGAAGCCGACUCUCAGUGAGAUUGAGCUUUUCCGUGUCUUCUCCCUGUCCUCUGAGUUUAGGAACAUUACUGUCAGAGAGGAAGAGAAACUAGAACUGCAGAAGCUACUGGAAAGAGUUCCCAUUCCUGUGAAGGAAAGCAUCGAGGAGCCCAGUGCUAAGAUCAACGUACUUCUCCAGGCUUACAUCUCUCAACUAAAACUGGAGGGUUUUGCUCUGAUGGCUGACAUGGUUUAUGUGACACAGAGCGCUGGAAGACUGAUGCGAGCAAUCUUUGAGAUUGUUCUAAGCAGGGGGUGGGCCCAGCUCACAGACAAGACCAUAAACCUCUGCAAGAUGAUUGACAAGAGGAUGUGGCAGUCCAUGUCUCCUCUUCGUCAGUUCAGGAAGCUCCCAGAGGAAGUCAUCAAGAAGAUUGAAAAGAAAAACUUUCCAUUCGAGCGUCUCUAUGACCUCAACCACAAUGAGAUUGGUGAAUUGAUCCGCAUGCCCAAAAUGGGGAAGACCAUCCACAAGUAUGUGCACCAGUUUCCCAAACUGGACCUGGCCGUCCACCUGCAGCCCAUCACACGCUCUACACUGAAGGUGGAGCUCACCAUCACUCCAGACUUCCAAUGGGACGACAAAGUACAUGGCUCGUCUGAGGCUUUCUGGAUCCUGGUGGAGGACGUAGACAGUGAGGUCAUCCUGCACCAUGAGUACUUCUUGCUGAAGGCAAAGUACGCCCAGGACGAACACCUGGUCACCUUCUUCGUGCCCGUUUUCGAGCCCCUGCCCCCGCAGUACUUCAUCCGUGUGGCCUCGGACCGCUGGCUCUCCUGUGAGACACAGCUCCCGGUGUCUUUCCGCCACUUGAUCCUACCAGAGAAGUACCCCCCUCCCACUGAGCUUCUGGACCUGCAGCCCCUGCCUGUGACGGCCCUCCGUAAUGCUGCCUUCGAGACCCUCUACCAGAACAAGUUUCCCUUCUUUAACCCCAUUCAGACACAGGUGUUCAACGCUGUGUACAACAGCGACGACAACGUGUUUGUGGGAGCCCCUACCGGCAGUGGGAAGACCAUCUGUGCUGAAUUUGCCAUCCUCAGGAUGCUGUUGCAUAACGCAGAGGGACGCUGUGUCUACAUCACACCCAUGGAAGCCCUGGCCGAACAGGUGUUUGUUGACUGGCACCAGAAGUUCCAGGAUGCUCUGAAUAAAAAGGUAGUGUUGCUGACAGGAGAAACUAGCACUGACCUGAAGCUGCUGGGGAAAGGUGACAUCAUUGUUAGCACCCCAGAUAAGUGGGACAUCCUGUCGCGUCGGUGGAAGCAGAGGAAGAACGUCCAGAACGUUAGCCUCUUCAUUGUGGAUGAGACUCACCUCAUUGGAGGAGAGAACGGACCUGUGUUGGAGGUGAUCUGCUCCAGGAUGAGAUAUAUCUCAUCACAGAUUGAGCGUCCCAUCCGCAUCGUGGCCCUCAGCUCCUCCCUGUCCAAUGCCAAAGACGUGGCCCACUGGCUAGGCUGCAGCACCACUGCAACCUUCAACUUUCACCCCAACGUCAGGCCUGUUCCUCUGGAGCUGCACAUCCAGGGCUUCAAUGUGAGUCACACUCAAACGCGUCUGCUGUCCAUGGCUAAGCCAGUGUACCAUGCCAUAAUGAAGCACUCCCCCUCCAAACCGGCCGUGGUGUUCGUCCCGUCUCGCCGACAGACCCGCCUCACAGCCAUCGACAUCCUCACUUUCUGUGCUGCUGACGUGGUCCCUCAGAGGUUCCUGCACUGCACUGAGAAGGACCUGGCUCCCUUCCUGGAGAAGGUGAUGGAUGGCACCCUGAAGGAGACACUGGCCAAUGGGGUGGGCUACCUGCACGAGGGUCUGUCCACCACAGAGCGCAGGAUUGUGGAGCAACUCUUCAACUCUGGCGCUGUCCAGGUUGUGGUGGCUUCACGCUCCCUCUGCUGGGGCACCAACAUCUCUGCUCACCUGGUGGUUGUCAUGGACACCCAGUACUACAAUGGCAAAAUCCAUGCAUAUGUGGACUAUCCCAUUUACGAUGUUCUCCAGAUGGUGGGCAAGGCCAACCGGCCCCUGCAGGAUGACGAGGGACGCUGUGUCAUCAUGUGUCAGGGCUCCAAAAAGGAUUUCUUCAAGAAGUUCCUUUAUGAGCCCCUGCCCGUGGAGUCUCACUUGGACCACUGCAUGCACGACCACUUCAAUGCCGAGAUUGUCACCAAGACGGUGGAGAACAAACAGGACGCUGUGGACUACCUGACCUGGACCUUCCUGUACCGCCGCAUGACCCAGAACCCCAACUACUACAACCUGCAGGGCAUGUCUCAUCGUCACCUGUCAGACCACCUGUCCGAGCUGGUGGAGAACACACUGCAUGACCUGGAGCAGUCCAAGUGCAUUAGCAUAGAGGACGAGAUGGACGUAGCUCCUCUUAACUUGGGCAUGAUCGCAGCGUACUACUACAUCAACUACACCACCAUUGAGUUGUUCAGCAUGUCCCUCAAUGCCAAGACUAAGAUCCGUGGAUUGAUUGAGAUCAUCUCCAAUGCCGCUGAGUAUAAGAACAUCCCCAUCAGACACCAUGAGGACAACCUGCUGAGACAGCUGGCCCAGAAGGUGCCCCACAAACUGAACAAUCCCAAGUUCAACGACCCCCAUGUGAAGACCAACCUGCUGCUACAGGCCCACCUGUCCAGAAUGCAGCUGAGCGCUGAGCUACAGUCAGACACAGAGGAGAUCCUCAGCAAGGCCGUGCGUCUUAUCCAGGCCUGUGUAGAUGUGCUGUCUAGUAACGGCUGGCUGAGCCCUGCACUGGCUGCCAUGGAGCUGGCGCAAAUGGUCACACAGGCCAUGUGGUCCAAGGAUUCCUACCUCAAACAGCUUCCCUACUUCACCUCAGAGCACAUCAAGCGCUGUACAGACAAGGGUGUGGAGAGCAUCUUUGACAUCAUGGAAAUGGAGGAUGAGGAUCGCAGCGGGCUGCUGCAACUGUCAGACACCCAGAUGGCAGAUGUGGCACGCUUUUGUAACCGCUAUCCCAACAUUGAACUGUCCUACGAGGUGGCAGAGAAGGACAACAUUAAGAGUGGAGGUCCAGUGCUGGUUCUCGUUCAGCUGGAGAGAGAAGAGGAGGUUACCGGUCCUGUUAUUGCCCCACUGUUCCCCCAGAAACGUGAAGAAGGCUGGUGGGUGGUGAUUGGGGACCCCAAAUCCAACAGCUUGAUAUCCAUUAAGAGGCUGACCCUGCAGCAGAAGGCCAAGGUGAAGCUGGACUUUGUUGCUCCAGUGCUGGGUGUUCAUAACUACACACUGUACUUCAUGAGUGACGCCUACAUGGGCUGUGACCAGGAAUAUAAGUUCAGUGUGGACGUGAAGGAGGCAGACAGCGAUGGAGACAGUGACUCCGACUAAGUGACUCAGCAGAUGGUGUCCUUUCUCAGUAGCAGCUGGGAUCAGUAGGGAUAGUUUUUUAUAUUAGAUGAGGCAUUGAGGCCCAUUUAUUUUUUGUGAAUCCUUCUUUGAAUUGUUAUAUUUUCGUUAUAUGUGCUUGUGGUAACAGUCAACCCUUUACUGUAUGCUUUUCAAUUUAAUUUGGUUUAGUGUACACAAUGAGUAUCAUGUAUAUAGUACCUAAUUGGAGAAGUAAAAUAACAGGUUUGACAUCUACUUGAAAAGUCAGCAUUUUACGGAACCAUCAUUGACAUUUUUCCAGGAUGUUUCACCAUGUCUACUCUAAUUGCCAACCACUUUGCAAUUAAAUAAUUAUUGAUUGGCCUGAUUUUUGUUCUUGCAGAAUGUCUGUGCAGAAAUGUAAUAUUUGUUUUCCAAUAAACAUGACAAACAUA